UUCAAAUCUUCCCUCUCCUUCUUGUUCAAAAAAGAGCAAGAAACAAAGUAAUUACGAAACUUUCUUCUUCACGAUAUUUCAAAAUCAAGAUUUGGUUAAAGGGUCCCAUCUUUUUUCUCUCUUUCUUGCCUACGUUUUUAAUUCUUGAUUCUCAUAGAAUUUAAUGCUCAUGGCUUUCAUAUGAAUCCUCUGAAGCUUACAGGCUCCAUUGAACAGUAAAAUCUUGUGAAAGUCUGAUCCUUAUAAUACCGAGAGAGGAAGCUCCCAGAUGGCAAACAAGAUGAGUGAGACAGCUUCUAAGAUGGAUGAUUAUGAAGUCGUUGAACAGAUCGGAAGAGGAGCUUUUGGUUCUGCUUUUCUUGUGAUUCACAAGUCUGAGAAAAGAAAAUAUGUAGUGAAGAAAAUUCGUUUGGCUAAACAAACAGAGAGAUGCAAGCUUGCUGCGAUCCAAGAGAUGAGUUUGAUAUCAAAGCUUAAGAGUCCUUAUAUUGUGGAGUACAAAGAUUCAUGGGUUGAAAAGGAUUGUGUAUGCAUUGUAACUAGUUAUUGUGAAGGUGGAGACAUGACUCAAAUGAUAAAAAGAGCUAGAGGAACAUUUGCCUCCGAAGAAAAACUCUGCAGAUGGAUGGUUCAGCUACUGUUGGCUAUAGAUUACCUCCAUAACAAUCGAGUUCUUCACCGUGACCUUAAGUGCUCAAACAUAUUCCUCACUAAAGAAAAUGAGAUUCGAUUAGGUGACUUUGGUCUUGCAAAACUUCUAGGCAAAGAUAAUCUUGCUUCCUCGAUUGUGGGAACACCAAACUACAUGUGCCCUGAACUUCUUGCAGAUAUACCUUACGGCUACAAAUCUGAUAUUUGGUCUUUAGGUUGCUGUAUGUUCGAAGUAGCUGCACAUCAACCUGCCUUCAAGGCUCCUGACAUGGCUGGACUCAUCAAUAAGAUUAACCGUUCUUCACUUUCUCCUCUCCCGGUCAUGUAUUCCUCUUCAUUAAAAAGACUGAUUAAAAGUAUGUUGCGCAAGAACCCUGAACAUAGACCAACUGCUGCAGAACUGUUGAGACAUCCUCACUUACAGCCAUAUCUUGCACAAUGCCAAAACCUGUCUCCGGUUUUCAAACCAGUUGUAUCCAAAUCAGAACACAACACCACCCACGUAAACAAAACAGGCGAGACCCGUCUUCCCACAAGAACAGGCACUGCGAAGUCCGCAAAAACACCCAUGAAACAUAACCAAGCACGAGCAGAAGAAGCAGAGGAGAAACAGAAGAGAAACAAGAGUACAAGUUCAAGUUCAAAAGACAAAGAAAAGCCAGAAAAGACACAAGAGAUGUCUUUGCUUAGCACAUUAACGCUACUACGCGAAUAUCAGAAGAAGACUCCGAGAAGCGAGGAGAGAGCAGAAGCAUUGGAAUCUUUGUUGGAGCUUUGUGCAGGUUUACUUAGGCAAGAGAAGUUUGAUGAGCUUGAAGGAGUCUUAAAGCCUUUUGGAGAUGAAACAGUUUCAUCAAGAGAGACAGCGAUUUGGCUUACCAAAAGUCUCAUGAAUGUAAAUAGAAAGCAAAAUGAUGAUGAAACCAAUCCUUAAAAACAAACACUAACCACACUUUUUUCAUGUGACCAACCAUUGUGUGUAUUAAAGACAUUCACUGAUCGAAAAGCAAUGAAGGUAUUUGGUUAAGG